AUGGACGGCGAAAAUGAAAUGUUUAUGGACGGUAAAAAUGAUGGUGAAUAUGGCGCAGAAAUUUCACUGAUUUGCUCUCAUACGAAGGAAAGUUACUCAAAGGAUACAACGGGCAGUCAAAAUACGGAUACGGCGCAACAUGAACUGAGUUUGGAUGGACAAAAUACGGUCGAAGGCACUGAAGAAAAGGAAAUUGGUACGAGAAAAAGAACCAUGACUGAUAAAGGUAAACAAUGUGAAUUAGAUAAGCUUAAGGAAGCUCGAAUAUCAGCAUUACGACAAGUAACAAGAGAGAUAAACAAGCUCAAACCAUUACUUCAGGAUUUUAAUAAUUUUGAAUUUGUGUCGAAUGAAAUAGAAUACUUGAACGGGUUAGUUUCUAAAUUGCAUGAUGCUCAUGAUGCAUAUUUAAAUCACUUGGGCGACACCGAUGAAACCAGGGUUGCUGUUGAGUGGUUUGAGAUUCGUGAUGGUGAUAUAUUUAGGUUUAAAAGGUUCUUGUGCGAAUAUAUGUCACAAGCUAAGUGUCUGAAGCAUGAACUUAAUUCUACCACUACUAAAGGAUCAUCUCGCUCAUCAAAGGGUUCUAAAUGCUCUAAGAACUCUAGUUCUUCAACAGUGUCGUACAAAAUCACGGUUAAUUGA